CCACCAUGGCCACAUAUCGCCUGGAAUCUUUUUCAAGAUGAACCUAACCUUCCCUCCAGGAGUAAUGGGAGGAGGACGAUGACUUCGGACCAGAACACAACAACUACAACAUUAUCGAAAACAGAAUUGAUCUCGGAACUUAGGCGUCUUCGACAAGACUUGCAAGAGCUGCAGUCUGCCAGUAAUCCGAACAAAAAUCCGCAAAUAAGCGACCGGCCUGAGCCUUCUACCUCCGCCACUCAACCAGACAAUUCUGUUCCCCAUCGAGAUCCCGCAUCCGAGAAGCCGGAAACAUUACGGUGCUGGGAAUCCUGUUGCAACGGCCGAUUAUUCUCGAAUCGAAGUAACUUAAUACGACACCAGCGCGAGCGAAGAGGCGAAUCAGCGAAGAUGCGGUGUUCCUUUUGCGAUGCGGUUUUCUUGCGCAGCUCCGCCCGGAAUGCGCAUGAGGCUUCCAGGAGAUGUCGUCGAUAAACGGAGCGUGCAAGGAGCGGGAAAAGGCACUAUCAGUGGCCUCAGCUUGUUUAGAUCGGUGUCUGAAUAGAGAAAGAAUGUCGUAGAGCAUCUUUGGUCAGUGAGCCCGGUAGCGGUCUUUGAUCUGGGCUCGUCGGUGGUAUGUGAGCAGCUGACUGGCGAGUCGCAUACUCGAAACGAUUCGAUCUAGCAGU